UCUACGCAUCGAGUGAAUCUGUAGGAAAAGAGAUUGAAUGGUGUGUUUUACCGAUUUUUAUAUUAUUAUUUAUCGAUGAAUUACUUUAUACGGAAGCCUACAUGAAAAGUGUUCGAAUUGAGGAAAUUCCUUUUGGCCUAACACCUAAUGUGGAACAUUAUCGUAAAUCAAAAGAAAUCUCUCCAUUGCAUAUGAAGAAUCCUGCUGCUGGUAUACAUGCAAUAAAAAAUCUGGAAAUGAAUCGUAGUUUUUUUCAUAUAUUUAAAAUUCCAUAUAUCAUUUGUUUUUUUGCCGCCAGAGGGAAAUGGCCAUUCAUACCACCAUUCAUGCAAAAUCGUGUUGACGCCGCUGCCAGAACUCUAUUCAGUCAAAAUGAUUCAUACAUUAAACAGUUCUGUCAGAAAUGGAUACAAAUCAAGGAAUGCUUUCGUCCAAAUACUACCGCUACUCCAACAGCUGAAAGGUUGGAGAUUAUUACCGUCUCUCCGAAAAGACAAUGUGAAUGUGCAAACUUACAGGCGGCGACCGAAUCAGCGCCUGUCAUAUUUUUUGAUCGUGAUCAUAUAGGUAAUGUUAGUGCCGAUACCAUACGUAAUACCAUCGAAUUUUUGGAAAACUUUCUACCACCGAAAUCCAAAAAAAAUAAACGAAAAAAUCGUGUACGUUCUCGAGUCGAUGAAAUGGAUAUUGAAUAA